GUUACAACUAAGCGCUCUAUUUGAUAUUACGCACGCGAUAAUGGGCAAAAAUAAGAAGAAACAAAGUGAAACCAUUCCUUUAGUUCCUACUCCACAACGUAAAAGAGCAAGACGCAAUAAAAACAAAAAGCUUAAAAAGAACUUACAAGGAACAAAUUUAAUUAUAUCUAACAUGCCUUCUAUUAAAGUCAACGAGAGUAAAAAAAGCAAAAAGCGAAGAUUUUUAAAAGAACAACAACAGAAUGCUUCUGUUUUAACAAAGUCCAAUGUAAAAACAACAGACAAAAAACAAGUCUCGUUUGGUGAAGCAUCCAGUGAAAGUGAUGCUGAGCCUAUUGAAGCUGACUGGGGAAAUGCAAGUGACCAUUCAGAUAACGAUGAUGAACAGUGGCAAAGUAAAGAAAAAGUUGCAAAAUCAUUCACUAAUUCCAAUGAUGAUGAUGAUGAUGAUGAACAAAGUGAUUCGGAGUCUUCAGACAAUGACUUGGAGCAAUCUGAAGAAGAUGAAGAUGAAGAGUUAAGCGAAGAUGAGCUGAAUACUCUAAUACAAUCUCAGAAGAAACCAAUGACUAAGGAUACUUCAAAACAAAAUGUCAGUAGUCUGACAAAGAAACCUCUAAAACGGACUCAUGAAUCUGUUGAAAACACUCCAACGUCCCCAAAGAAAAUGAAAUUAGCCGGAGAGUCAAAGCAAUCAAUAGCAAAACCUCUUGAUAAAGGCGAUAAUCAAGCGUCUGUGUCCUAUAGUUGGGCAAAUGAAUCUGCUAUAAUUGAGGAAAUCAAAAAACGUACCAUUGAACUUUCAUUUGCCACGUUGUAUGUGAGUCCACUACCGUCAGAUUGUAACGAGUCUAUGCUGAAGUCAUUGUCACCAAGUAUGGUGUCAUAUCGAUUUUCAACAAGAAAAAAUAAAAAGAUACGAGGGUUUGUAUUUCUUCAAUACAUCGAUGCUGAUGCAGCUGAAGCUGCAAGAAAAGCUAUAUCUGGUCGUUUGUUUGCCGGUAAUACAAUCACUGCUCAACCUAAUCGUCUAUCAUUUCCUAUCAGUGAAUUAAUGUCUGAUCAUAUUGAUCGAACGCAACUUUUUGUAACUGGUUUCAAUAGUUCAACAACUAAAAAUGAUUUAAUGCAUAUAUUUCCAAAAGGCAAUAUUGAUUUUCCAUUGACCAAAGAUGGAAUUCCAUGCGGUUAUGCAAUUGUCAAAUUUGUCAAUCAAAAUGUAUCGAUUGAAGCAUUUGCCACAACCCAUAAACGACUUGUUCGUGGUCUACCAAUAUUUGUAAACUUUAUUUUUAAAAAGGCAUCUCUAUCUAAAGAAACUGACCAUAAACAAAAUAAUAAGAAUCAAUCAGAAGUUAAUAAGAAUCAGUCAUCGGAAGUAAAAGAGAAAAAGUUGAAUAAUAAACCAUCACCAUCAUCAGGGAAGUCGUCUAAUGUAACGAUUCAAAAAACAACAGUUGAUAAAAAAGACAUUGGUAGUAAUAAAGGUAGUAGUAAUACAAAAGUUUUAGUUCAACAAUUACCUGAAUCUGAAGCUGAUUCUCAAUCAUCAGCUGAUAGUGAGUCAAAUGAUGAAAGCAAAACAGAUGAAUUGCUUGUACAUCAAACAAAAAAUAAAAAUUCAACCACUGGUAAAACAUCUGUACUUAAUGACCUUGUUUCAUCAAAAAUGUCUGCCAAAAAUAAAACUAAAGCUGAAUUGAGUAAACUGACAGAUGAUGGCGAUGAUGAUGAAGAAGAGGAUGACGAUGAAGAAGAAGACGACGACGAUGAUGAUGAAGACGAUGAAGAUGAAAUUAGCGAGUAUGAUGAAGAUGACAGCGGUAGUGAGGAGGAAGAAGACGAUGAUGAUGAUGACGAAGAGGAUGAGGAAGAUCUAGGCGAUACAGAUAGUGAUGAUGCAUCUGAAGAUAACGACGAAGUGGUCAAUAAAAAUGUAAUUAAAAAAGAUCGCAAGCAGAAAAAAUUAGUUAAUAAUAAUUCUUCAGCUUUAAAAAAUAAUAGCCUAAUCACUUCACUAUCAUCUUCCGUUGACGAAGAACAAGCUUCAUCAGCUAGUAGUAAUAAUAGUUCGGAUGAGGAAAUCGACAAACAAUUACAGGCAGUUAUUCAAGCUAAGCGUAACUCUAAAAAAUCUUUCAAGUCACCUAACAGUGCUAAGCGUAAUUCCAACUUCAAUGCUAAGAAAGGCAAUAAUGAAGUUUCAAACUCAGCAAAGAACCCUGGAAAAAAUUCUAAACCUCAUUGGGUAGGUCAAAUGCUUUCAUUUUUUAAUGCAUUAUUAUUAUUUAUUGACAUUCAAUCAAAGUUUGCAGGAAUCAACUUCAAUGACACUUAUUUUACGAUAUAGAAAAGGUGUACAACUAUUGAUGUUCAAUGCCACAACUAUCUCACAGAUCUUGGAACCUAAAACCUUGUCUACCUAUCAAUAAGAUUCAUUUCCUUAAUCAGUCACUUCAUGAAUUGAUAUUACGUUUAAGUGCCUAAUAAUCUUAAAUGCAAAACGACGUAAAUCAGUAUUUGUAAAUAUUUUAAACAUAAAUGUUGGUACAAAGGAGCACCACAUAUAUAUGCAGCACACAAAUCUUAAAUUUGUGUGAGGGCUUUGAUACUGCCGGGUGCUCAAACCGUGGCAGGUGUUUCCCUUAAGGGGCCACAGCCGGAGCCUUCGACCUAAAAAUCUGAUCCACAAGGCAGUGGAGCAUCGUGAAGAGAUGCAGUCCUAUGUUGGCCGGUGACCAACGAUUGACUCAUACGCCAUUUGUUCCACCAGGAUGCUGGAGCCCAUGUGCUCCAUUGGUUUGGGAUGAGGGUUUUCCAACUCCCCUAGGUGGACCCUCUGUGUCCACCAACCCGGUUAAAGCGCCGGAUAUUCGCUUUUCGACCUCUCAAUUUCGUAUACAACAGUAAUGCCACUAGAAUGCAGUGAGUAGGACUUCCCUGAGAGAGGCUAUAUACGCGUGGCCAUGUGAGAGCAUUUGGAGAGAGAGAACGGACUGUCAUCACUCUCGGCCGUACCAGGAGGGGAGCGAUAAUUGAAAAAUAUCAAUUUCAUAAGUCAAUGAUCAAAAACCAGUAAAUUUAAAGUGUUAUUUAAUUUUUCGACUCCGAAAUCAGUAGUAUGUAACAAAAAUCAGAAUUGGCAUGACUGGUAGCAGAAGGUUGAGAAGAUAGAAUCAAAGAGAAUGGGAAUGUUAAGAAAUGGUAAUUGUAAUAACAGUUAAGGGACGAUGACGUUUGAGGCAAUUGAUGAGGGAUUUGCAAAUGAAGUAUUUAGUGUAAUUUUAUUCACAUUUUACAAAGUGAAGUUCAUCGACUGACUGAUCUACAUGAAGUUAUAAGUUAUUCUUUUCAAUGAUUAUUUUAUAAAUAAUUUGCUUGAAUGAGUUUCUAAUUCAUUGUGUGUUCUCUGUUUGUCAUUUCGGUUUCAGCUUCGUGUACCUGAAACCAAAAAAACAAAGAAGAAAUAGAUAAAAACUAAUUAUGAAGAGUAAAAUAUGCUGUAUAUAUAAACUUAUAUAAUGAAUAAAAAUUAUUUGGUGU